UCAGGGAGAAUUCUUUUAUAUAGAAGUUUUCCCUGGACCUUUGGAAUAAAAUGCAGAUCUUCUCAAAAGCUAUCAUUCCAGCCUAUGAGUCUUUGAGAACAUUAUAAUGUCUUUGUGCCCCUUCUUGCAAGGAGUUUUCUGAGCUGUUACCUGUUCAAGACAUGGAUAUCAAAAACUCACCCUCCAGCCUUAACUCUCCCGCCACCUACAACUGCAGUCAGUCCGUUCUCCCCCUGGAGCACGGCCCCAUAUAUAUCCCUUCCUCCUAUGUGGACAGUCGGCACGAGUAUUCAACCAUGGCGUUCUAUAGCCCUGCCGUAGUGAAUUACAGCAUCCCUGGCAGUGCCAGUGACUUCGAAGGUGGGCCUGGUCGGCAGACCACAAGCCCAAACAUGUUAUGGCCAGCUCCAGGGCACCUCUCUCCUUUAGCCAUCCACUGCCAGCCAUCACUUCUGUACGCGGAGCCUCCAAAGAGUCCUUGGUGUGAAGCAAGAGCACUAGAGCAUACCUUACCUAUAAACAGGGAGACGCUGAAGAGGAAGAUGAGCACGGGCAGCUGUGCCAGCCCGGUUACCAGUCCCACCUCUAAGAGGGACGCUCACUUCUGCGCGGUCUGCAGCGACUACGCGUCCGGUUAUCACUACGGAGUCUGGUCGUGUGAAGGAUGUAAGGCCUUCUUUAAAAGGAGCAUUCAAGGACAUAAUGAUUAUAUUUGUCCUGCUACAAAUCAGUGUACCAUAGAUAAGAACCGGCGUAAAAGCUGCCAGGCCUGCCGACUGCGAAAGUGCUAUGAAGUAGGAAUGGUGAAGUGUGGCUCCCGGAGAGAAAGGUGUGGGUACCGAGCAGUUAGAAGACAGAGAAGUCCUGGGGAGCAGCUGCACUGCCUGAGCAAGGCCAAGAAGCACAGUGGCCACAUGCCCCGAGCCAAGGAGCUGCUGCUGAGUGCGCUGAGUCCUGAGCAGUUGGUGCUCACUCUGCUGGAGGCGGAGCCGCCCAACGUGCUGGUGAGCCGGCCCAGCGCGCCCUUCACGGAGGCCUCCAUGAUGAUGUCCCUCACCAAGCUGGCUGACAAGGAGUUGGUGCACAUGAUCGGCUGGGCCAAGAAAAUUCCCGGAUUUGUGGAGCUCAGCCUGUUGGACCAAGUGCGGCUCUUGGAGAGCUGCUGGAUGGAGGUGUUGAUGGUGGGGCUGAUGUGGCGCUCAAUCGACCACCCCGGCAAGCUCAUCUUUGCUCCAGACCUCGUUCUGGACAGGUCCUCAGAAGACCCUCAUUCGCAUGGCAUGCAGAUGAAGAGCGAUGCCUCAAGGGAUGAGGGGAAAUGCGUAGAAGGAAUUCUGGAAAUCUUUGACAUGCUCCUGGCAACAACUUCAAGGUUCCGUGAGCUAAAACUCCAGCACAAAGAAUAUCUGUGUGUCAAGGCCAUGAUCCUGCUCAACUCCAGUAUGUACCCUCUGGCUGCGGCGACCCAGGAGGUAGAGAGCAGCCGGAAGCUGACUCACCUGCUCAACGCGGUGACAGACGCCCUGGUCUGGGUGAUCGCCAAGAGCGGCAUCUCCUCCCAGCAGCAGUCCAUCCGCCUGGCCAAUCUCUUGAUGCUUCUGUCUCACGUCAGGCACAUCAGUAACAAGGGCAUGGAACAUCUGCUCAGCAUGAAGUGCAGAAACGUGGUCCCAGUGUACGAUCUGCUGCUGGAGAUGCUGAACGCGCACACGCUUCGCGGGUACAAGUCUUCGGUCCCGGGCUCCGAGGGCAGCUCGGCAGAGGACAGUAAGAGCAAGGAGGUCUCCCAGGACCCACAGUCUCAGUGACGCCCGGCCCCACAGAGGCGAGCACAGUGGAAGUGUGGACUCCCGCAGGUCUGAGCCUGGUCUCAUCCCCUUCACCGAGCCCCUCCUUGGCUGUGGCAGCUCCGCCGUGCGUCGUCUCCCCCGCUCCUUUCCUGCAGGUCACGGUGAGAGUGUCACAGUGUUCCUCGUGCCAGGUUCCGUCCUGCAUGGCUUCAUGGAGUGUCAGUGUGGCUCCGGUCUCACUUUCCUUCCCUUCCCACCCCUUUCAAAGCCUUAAGGAUUUCAGGAUGAGUGGUGGCAGUCGGACUUGGGUUGCAAAUUAGAGAGGGCAGGGAAUAGGACAGUCCCUGGGAGGCGGACUAGCCCUGCCUGGGCCAUCUCUACUUCUCUUAGAACUGACCUUUGUGUGUUGUCUUCUGGGCCAUGUGAUUGUCGGGUUGAAACCCACAGUGACAGACACGGAGGAGGGCCAGAUACUGCCUCACAGGCCUGUGAGGACUGGUGUCCUGUGACAGCAUUUUGUCAAAGACCAGGACAGUGGUCAAGCUGGGAUGUGGGCCGCGUUCUCCUCAGGCCUUGCCGCUGUCUACGCUCAUUCAUCCCUCUUGAUUCGCAUUCGUAGCGCUUGCUCAUUUUGGGGGGCACGUGUCUAUGUGAUGCGCGUGAUCACUUCCACCAAGGGUUGUGGGAGAUUUAAAUCUCUGUGCUCCUCGAGUUUGGCCUUCUUAAAACUCUGUUGCCCCAGGGUCCCUAGCUGUGUGCUACAGAAGGGCCUGGGUUGGAGGGGGCAGGUUCUCUCUGGUGUGGGUCACAGUCACAGUGCCUCCCCAGGGUCUUGGGAGGGCACUUUCCAGUCUGCAUAGCAGACGUAGCAGCCACAGCUGCCACAUCAGCCACCCAGGGAGAUAUUUGGGCUGUGGAUGUGGGUGUUUUACGGAGAGACACUACCGGCACAUCGCAGUGCAAGGCCAUCCAUCGUUAGACUCAGGAAGCUGAGUCUGUGAACGCUUCCCCCAAAAGAGAGUCAGAGGUAAUUAUUUAUGGCAAAAAAGAAUUUUUUUAAACCCCAGGGAGCUCUUAAAAUAUUUUCUUAUCAGAACAUUUAUAUGGUGGGCUGGGUGAAAUAGAAACAAUAAAAACUUUGUAAUCUGAGAACAAAAAUAGGAAGCAAAGAUAAAGCACCUCUGAAACGGUAUUUUUUACUCACUUUUUAAAAGCUGAAAUUUUCAGACAAAUUUUUUGGGAACACUGCAAAUGCAUAACAUAUUUAACAGUUGUACUUUGGAAGUGGGUGAUUUAAAAGUUGAUUUUUGUGGUAAUGCUUUUAAAAAUUACCUUGUGAUAUGGUAUGAAAUAUUUUCUUUUUGAAAAUGUUUAUUUUGGCUAGCAAAUCCUGUAUCUACUAAGUCAUUGGAAAGAUUAAAGGUAACUAUUAGGGAAUAGAGUCUGCUAGAGAGAACUUGAAUAAUUCUUGGUUUUGAUACUAGAAGUUGGACUGAGCUGCUUCAUAAACCCUUGGACAUCGAGCCCAAGGACACUGAUGUUGAGGAGUUUGAAACCAUUCUUAGUGAGGCGGCGUCACAGCCAUAGAGAGACGUGGUACGGAAAACUCAAGCUGAUUUACUGAUUUAAUAGGAAGCAGGGAAUCCGUGCUAUCCAGAGGCCAGUUUUCUUUCUUUCUGGCCAAGCUAGAAUCUCUCAUCGUUAGCAGAGGGGCUGGAGGCUGGAGAGUAGGAAGUGGGAUGCAAAGGUGACAGCCUUGAAGUUCUAUUAAUUGUGUCUUUACAAGAGACUACAAACAAAACAUCAGACUGAAGUCCCAGCCAUUGCUUAGUUCUAAUGGAGUGAAUUAAAAUUUUUUUUCUUUUUACCCCAUACUGGGGACUGAACCUGGGCAUUUGCACGUGUUGGGCAAGUGCUCUAACACUGAACUGUAUGUUCAGGCAUCCCUUACUGACUUUUUAAAAUUUUGAGACAGGGUCUUGCUGAAUCACCCAGGCAGAACCUGAGUUCCCCCUGCCGAGAUGAAGGACAUGCACCACCACGCCCUGCCUAGGUUGCGUUUUGAUCCCUAAAGAAGGUGCCAGAUGGGACGUAGGGGCCAAGCCCCUUUGGUGCCAUCCUGCACACCCCCAGAGGAGCGCGUGUCCCGUCCCCACGAAACCCCUCCAGGGGGCACUGCAGUAGCCACACAGUCUCCUGCCUGCUUCGGGGGUUGGUUUCACAGCAUUUGGGUUUAGCCCAGGGGGGUUGUAACGCUUCCCGUCAUUUCUGCUUGGGCCAGGUCUGUCCAAGCCGAGAGCCUGCUGGGUAGAGGCUGUUGGUUAUUGGCUGGGGUCUGGGGCAGGCAAGGGUUGAAGAUAACACGCUCUGCUUUCUGAAAGUGUUGUGUUGAAUCUCCUAGGCCUUUCCCCCUUUGGAUGAGGUGUUUUGAAUCCGUCCCCAUCUGCUCCAAGUACGUCCAGCAAGGCGACACUUUUAUGUCAGGCUCCUGUAUUUGUGUUGGGAAAAAAUCCUCUGUGUGCAUUUCAAAGGCCACCCACUUCUCUUUAGUUCCUAGGGUUUGCUUUUAAAUGCUUCUGUUUGGGAGUUUCCCCUCCUCCAAGAGUCCAUGUUCCUCGGGGGCAGGAGUUUGCCCACAGCUAAGCACAGAUCUCACUGUUUUUAAAAGGAAUUAAAUAGGGCAAAUAGGAGCUGGUGGUAAACGGUGAACAGUACUUAAAAUUCUGAAUGAAAACCAGACUACAUUUGCCGUAUAUGGGAUAGCUUUGCCUUAGACUGGCAUGGCAGGACUCCUCUGCUCUGUCCUGAUAAGACAAAAUUACUUGUAGGAGAUAAAUGUGAUUUGGCCUAACCUCCAAAAUCAUGAGUGAUGAAUACAGGGUCAUACAGAUUUUAAAUAAAAUGAUUCCCAUGGAGCAUCUCCAACACAGAGCGUUCCCUCUGAUUCUUGGGAGCAACUGGCUGCCCCUAGAGAGGACGCUGGGGCAGUCCCAGGAGGGCCAUGAUGGGUUUUCACAGCGUGUUUUCUAACUGAACCUUCCUGUGUUCGCACAGCCUUUGCCUAUCUCCAGGCUUGUCCCACCCCGGGGUAACUACAAAGGAUUCAACCCAAAAGUAACCCCGAGGUGGGGACACAAGACAGAGCUCUCAGCUCAAUAACAAAUCCGGGGAGCCUUAACCAUACUGAAAACAAAACAGUGCGGCAUCACAGGGCUUUGCAGGUGGACAGUCUUUAUCCGGAUUACUUCACCUGCUAGCUCAGCAGGAAGGCCAGUUACUUUAUAAAAAAAUCAGAGCCACAGAUAUAUGUAAUAUAUAAUACACAAAUAGCGUGCACAUGCUAGGUCAAAGCACUUUUCUUUCUUUUUUUUUUUUUUUGGUACCGGGGAUUGAACGCAGGUCUUUGUGCUUGCAAGGCAGGCCACCGAAACGCUGAGCUAAAUCCCCGGCCAAAAGCACUUUUCUAGUGCAUGAAAAUAGUGUUGGUUUCUCUUUCCAUCUGAAGGGAUUGCAUUGUUAUUUAAUGAGAUUUGGUUUGUUUUGUUUUGGUGGUAAUGGGGAUUGAACCUGCGGUCUUCACACUGUGCUACAUCC